GAGAGGGAGAAGAGAAGGGAGCGAGUAAAACUCGCGUAAAAGCCAUAAAAAAAGGGGUGGAGACGAAAACAGUAACGAUGAAAAAGAUAUUAGGGUUAUAAAGAUCGGAGAAAAAUAGGAGAAAAUACGUGAAAAAUAUCGAUUAAAUUAUGUCGCCGAGCAUCUAAUGCUGUUAUUGGGACUCGCACCCAUCCAUCCCCCCUCCUCCUUGUGCUACAAUUCAUUAGGUCGGAGUUUUAUUUUAUUCUCCCUCUCCCUCUCUCUCUCUUUCUCUUUCCUCCUCGGAGAAAGGUGAGGCCUCUCGGUGCGCUCCUAUUGGAGGGAAUUGGGAGUAAAAGGAGGGGAGGGGGGGGGGCGCCGAAACCCUAAUUGGGGUUUGUCAUCUGUGUUCUCGAGUUUGAGGAGGGCGAAAGAGCCAAGCGAGCCUCCGAAAGGGUUCCCUAAUGUAACGUACAAGGAAUGGUUGCAAUAUCGGUUUUGCUAAUUUUGAGUAAUUCUUUUGAAAGAUUGAUGUAGGUCUCCAACAAGAUUAAGGACAAUAAAGAGAUAAGAUCAGCUAAAGAUUCCCAGCUUUUUGUAACAUCUGAGGUUCAUGGUUGUAAAGUGGUUCUUGGAUCAAAAUAAAGAUAUGGCAGCUGAUUCCAACAUGGGUUUUCACCAGGGUUUCAUUCCCUCAUCCUACUGUAGUUUUAGCCCUCACAUGGUUUCAUUCCAAACAGAGGCAAUAAAUAGCAGCACAGGAAUGAUAUCCAGGGCUAUGAGCAUGAACACCUUAGUUGGUACUAGCACCAGUUCUGGAAUGUUCAUUCCUGCGAGGCCCAGCUUAGUUAGCAACAUGCCGUCGGUGAGCCCAUCCGCUAGUUCUUCGACCGAUGCUUCGCUUGGAUCGAUGCCCAAGUACAAGUUUGUUACCGGGUCCCCUGCUGAUUGGACUCUUAGUGAAUUGGCCAUACUGAAGGAAGGCCUCGUAAGAUAUGCUCAUGAACCUAAUAUAAUGAAGUACAUCAAAAUAGCUGCCAUGCUUCCUACAAGGACAAUUAGGGAUGUUGCUUUGAGGUGCCGAUGGAACAUUAGCAAGGAAGGCGGUAAAAGGCGGAAGCCUGAAGAACAUAGUACAGGGAAAAAGAUGAAGGACUUGAAGGGUUUCACGGUUUCUUCUACCUCGACAGUCAACAUUCACCCGGUUCCCUCAAAUAAUGUAGCUCCUUACUCAUUCAUGAUGCAUCAGCCAAAUCAAAGUUGUCUUGAAGUCCCUGCUGUAGAUAGUGCAACGCUGCAACUUUUGGAGGAAAAUGAUCGAUUUCUCAACCAGAUUUCAGCAAGUAUUGCAACAUUCAAGGUGAAGGAAAACCCAGAUCUAUUUCUUCACACAAGUAACAACAUAACAGCAAUUCUAGACAGGAUGAGCAGGAUGCCUGGGAUAAUGAGUCAAAUGCCGCCUCUACCAGUAUCUGUAGAUGAGCAACACCUCAGUUCUAUUGUUCAACUUAGCAGAAUGGGUGUUUCUUACGGUGCUCCCAUUGGCCCUCACCUGAAGCAAGAACCCCGAUGCUGAACAUCUUAUCUCGAGGUCAAGUUGGGUUCAUGUAAUUAGCAAAUAUUCUUCUGUAAAUUGCAGCUUGAUGGCGAGAGUUUCCGCAGCUUAUGUACAAAGAUUCUCCAAGGAAGAUAUUGUUGCGGAACGAGAAUAUAUAACUUACACUGACCAAGCACCAGGUGAUAGAAAGGUUCUCCCGUGUAUGUUCGAUCUGAUUCUUUGAGUGUAAGAUGAGGCUUAACAUGCUCUUCUUCUGUAUGGUCCUUUGUAUUUUAAGUCUUUGAUAGAUCCAAGUUACUUUAGUUUUGGUGCUUGUUGGGGGUCUUGAUUUAUUCACUGUGUUUAUCUUGUUCAGCUAAAUAUCCUAUCAAUUCCGAUGCAGAACUAACCAGGAUUAAUGUAAAUAAAUAAAUAUAUCCUUAAGAUUACAAUCAGUAGAGAAGCAGCUUUGCUUCGUA